AUGCUGGAGGAUUAUGGGGCUGUGGCUUCCUUGCCAGCAUUUCCAUUUCCCAAGCUGGCUCUGAUUUUCCAGCUGGACGAAGCACCAUGGAGCUUGGCUCCUCAGGGAGCUCUGGAUGGAGAGGGCCCGAGGGGCAUCUCCUCAGGAUAUCCAUUUCUAAAGCCUGCUGGGAUCUCCCAUCUUGAGCAGGUAGAAGAGCCAUUGAAACCGAAACUGCAAGGAGAGGGUCGAAGCCUAAUUUGUACCGAGUCUGUGUCCAAGAGCGAGAAAGAAGGUUUUAUUCUGAAGGAGGAUACUUUUGAGGAGGCACAGGACCACAUGGUGCUAUCAGGUGGACCCCAGUGCUGUGGUUCCCAGGAAUUCUGGUUUGGAAAAACCUGUGAAGAGGAGAAAAGCAGGUUAAUGAGAUGGCCUGCCUACCCCAAUAGGGAAAGUGUGGAGAACACUACAUGUGACAUUAUAGAAGUGAUUGUCAAGGAUGAGAUGAUCUCAGUAGAAGAGCAUUUGAAAGAUGCUGAUGUUUAUACCCACCUCGUGCCUCAGAAAAGUCUACAUGAGCAGGUAUUCUAUAUAUGUGAAGAAUGUGGCAAGUGUUUUGAUCAAAAUGAAGACUUUGAUCAACAUCAGAGAAUUCAUAUUGGGAAGAAAGCCUGUGGUUGUAAGGAAUGUGGGAAGACUUUCAGUUUCAGAUCACACUGCAUUGUACGUCAGAGGAUUCACGCUGGGGUGAAACCCUACAUAUGUCAAGAAUGUGCUAAAGCCUUCGUUUGGAAGUCAAACCUGAUUGGGCACCAGAGAAUUCACACCGGAGAGAAACCCUUUGAAUGUAAGGAAUGUGGGAAGGGCUUUAGUCAGAACACAAGCAGUACACAACAUCAGUGAAUCCACACCAGGGAGAAACCAUAUACAUGUAAGGAAUGUGGGAAGAGUUUUACUCAGAACCCAGUCCUUCUUCGACAUCAGAGGAUCCACACCGGGGAGAAAGCUUAUGAAUGUAAGGACUGUGGGAAAGGCUUCAUGUGGAACUUGGAUCUUGCGCAGCACCAAUGGGUCCACACUGGAGAGAAGCCUCAUGAAUGUAUUGACUGUGGGAAAAGCUUCAUUUGCAAGGCACACCUUACUCGUCAUCGGAGAAUCCAUACUGGGGAAAGACCCUUUAAAUGUAAUGACUGUGGGAAGGCCUUCAGUCAGAUUGUUUUGAUUAUGCACCAGAGGCGCCAUGCUAGAGAGAAACCCUAUAACUGUCAGACUUUUCACUUUCUUGAACAUUAG